CCCCCCGGCCCCCCCGGCCCCCCCCCCGGCCAUGUCGGUGAACAUGGAGGAGCUGCGGCACCAGGUGAUGAUCAACCAGUUCGUGCUGGCGGCCGGCUGCGCCGCCGACCAGGCCAAGCAGCUGCUGCAGGCGGCGCACUGGCAGUUCGAGACCGCCCUGAGCGCCUUCUUCCAGGAGACCAACAUUCCCAACAGCCACCACCACCACCAGAUGAUGUGCACCCCGAGCAACACGCCGGCCACUCCGCCCAACUUCCCGGACGCCCUGGCCAUGUUCUCCAAGCUGCGGACGUCGGAAAACCUGCAGAGCAGCAACAGCCCCAUCCCCUCCAUGGCCUGCUCCCCCCCGGGCAGCUUCAGCCCCUUCUGGGCCUCGUCGCCCCCCAGCCAGCAGCCCGCCUGGCUGCCCCCCUCGUCGCCCACCGCCCACGGGCUCCACCACCACCACCACCACCACCUGCACCCCCCGCAGCCCGCCUGGCCCCCCGCCCCGCCGCCCGCCGCCCCCCCCCACAAAGCCGUGGCCACCAUGGACGGGCAGAGAUAAGGCUGGGGCUGCUGGGGGGGGGGGGGGGGGGGGGGGGGGGGUGGUUUUUUUGGGGGGGGGGGGGGGGGGGGGGGGGGGGGGGCAGACCCGGGCCAGGGCGUUCGGAGCGGGGGCUUCCUGAGAAACGCACUGGAAUCCUUUUCUAGGUUUUAUUAAAUUUUUUUUUUUGGGGGGGGGGGGGGGGGACACGCUGCCGGGAAGGCCGCCAAGAGGCCCCGAGAGCCUCUUUCACGAGUCGCCAGCUGGUUUUUUUUCUCCCCCCCCCCAUUUUUUUUUUUUAAAUAUAUAACUAUAAUAUAUAAAUAUAUCUAAUGUAUAUAAA